AUGGCCCACAUUGCUGAAGAGCAAGAAUUGGAGUUCUCCCUCGAGGAGGUGCAGUCCAUGAGGUUUCGUGCAUCUCGCACCCUUCUAGGGAGGUUAUUCACCAGUGACCAGAUCACGACACUGGAACUGCGCGAUGGUUUGCUUGAUUCCUGGCAACUUUGCGGACAACUCAAGGUUUCGAACGCCAAACAUGGCCUUUUUGAGAUUGUUCUGCCAAAUGAGGAAGCAAAGAAGUGGGCGUUAGCACGUACCCCCUGGAUAAUCAAAGAUAAGCUUCUUACUCUUCGAUCGUGGUCACCGACGAUCACCAAGCAACACUUUGAGGAAAUGGCCGUGGCCCCAUUUCGGAUCCAGAUUUGGGGAGUGCAAGAGGACUGUCGGACCAAACUCUUUGGUCAAAAACUCAUUGCCUCUACGGUUGGGCAAGUUCUGGAUUCAAAUCUCUUUGCCUCGAAAGAGACAGGCGAGCAUUUUAUUAAGGUUCGAGCUAUGGUCGAUUUUUCUAAGCCUCUUCGAUCUCAAUUGAUGGCGGUCAGUGAGGAAACCGAUGGCUUCUGGGUGAGCCUCAAAUAUGAAUUUCUGCCAAGCUUCUGUUUCCAUUGUGGCCGAGUGGUCCAUGCUCGACGAGACUAUGUGUUUGACCCACCGAGAGGGAAGGAAAGAUUUGGUCCUCAUAUGACGACUAAGAAGUUGGGGCACCAAAUUUAUGAUGAUGAUGGUCACUCGAUGGCGAUGGGAGGACCGAGGAGCUCGGUCUGGAUUAAUCGUCAAACACGUGGCGCUGACGCUGCAAACUGGAGAAAGAAGACCAAUGAUAAUGGUGAAAAGGGUCGUUUCCAGACCGUGGUCCCAACAAAAUGGCAGCAGGAGGCGCCCUUCGCAGCUGGUCGGGGUUUGGAGAUUCGUUCUGAUAAUGGUAUGCAGGUCGAGAGGGAGCAGGAGAGCUCGCCAUUGCGUCGCCAUAGCCCCAGGGGGUUUGUUAUAAACCGAACUCCCAAAUUGAAAUUGGGUGGGGGUGGUAAGCAGAAACGACGGGCGUCAAUCAAGGAGCAUGAUAGCCCGGCUCUCCGUGGUAAGAAAGGUGGGCGUCGACCCCCUAACCCGAAGCAAAAAACGCCGACCAAGGCGGUCGCUGCGCAAGCUGAGGUGAUGGAGCUGUCUCGGCGUCGUCUCAUCCUUGAGGAAGACUCAGACGACGAUAUGGAAGAUCCUUCCCUGCUGAAGGAUCAUGGGAUGCCGCAAUGCCUACCGGGUGACCUGGCGACUCAGCAGGGUUCCGACAGGCCGGAAAGGGAACGAUGGAGGCCCAGGUUGUGGGAGGCGGUGGGGAUCUUCCUCGUGCUGCUCGGAAGGGGUCGAAGGGCCGUGCCAUGCAUGGUGAGGGGAGCCAUGCACGUGGUGGGAAGAAUGUUGAUCCCCCCUGCUGUACAUAACCAGGUGCUAUCGGCUGGGAUGGCAAAUGACGGGAAUAAUAAUGUGGAGAAUGGGGUCGCUGUGAGCAGACCGCGGGUUAGUGGUGUAGCUAUUUCAUUGGGGAACGCUUCCCAUGGGAAUAGUGAUUCGGAGGAGUCGGGGAGGGAUGAUGAGCAUCAUUGUUUUGAAAUAAAAAAACGUGUCCCGAGGCCUGUUUCGGUGGAUCUUGUUCGAGGCAUGGUGGGCAAAGUCUCCCAGGUCGUGGCAGCAUUCGAGGCAGGGAUGGCAAUUGCCCAGGAUAAUGAGGUUCCGCUCAAGGUCAAAAGUGAUGAAAAAGGCUCUAAUGAUCCGAUGGAUGGGAGGCAUGAGCAGGGAGCCGAGUUUCUGGAUGAAUAUGGGUCGAAUAUGACCAACCUAGUGCUUGAGACCCACAAACGAUCUUUGGCAGCUGUCGAGGGUGAAGUUGGAUCCCCUCCCACGCCAAAGAAGCACUUCGUGGAAGUUGAUGAUGUUUAUAGCAAUGAAAAGGUGGAGGAAGCUAGCCUGGAAUGGCCCCAGUCGGAUAAAUGA